AUCUCCAACCCCCGCCCCCAUAUAUUUGGCUCAAGCUCCAGAAGACACUGCAGGGUCCCUUUGCUUCUUCCUUAGUCUCUGGGCAAACUGUGGAGUGUGCAGAUGUAGCUUAAAUUCGUCACUGUUUGCCUGUGGCUGCACGGCCCCACUGGCUAGCAGAUAAAGAUGACUUCAACCUGAGCGAGUAGCCUAAUUGGCUUCUUAAUUCCCAAGGACAUUUUUUUCCUGAAAGGGAAUUAGCAGGAGAGUCUGCUGUUGCUUUGGCAACAAACUUUCAACCCUUACCUAACUCUCCGGAAUGAGAACAUUUCUAUUAAUACAUUGGGUAGACUGGGGAGUUGAGUUGCUCAAUACAGUUUCUUCCAAGUGCAAAACAGCUUAGGGGCUCUGCUAGCCGUGGGUGGCGCUGCGGUGGGGGGCUGGUAAAGCCAGGAGCAGCCCCCAAAGGCGGGAGCUGGGUGCGGGAAAGUGAAAGUGUAUCCCCAACAGGUGGCUGCGGCUGCACAGAGCGCAGGGGCGCCGCUGAGAACUGAUGGCGGCCGCGCGCAGAAAGCCUUGGCGAAGCAGGCAAGUGGAGUCUUUGCUCCUUUUCUUGUGCGUAUCUGUGGGGGGCGCGGCAACCAUCCGCUAUUCAGUGGCGGAGGAGAUGGAAAGCGGUUCCUUUGUAGCCAACGUGGCUAAGGACCUGGGGCUGGAGGUAGGGAAACUGGCUGCACGCGGGGCGCGGCUCGUGUCUGAGGGCAACAAGCUGCAUUUCCGGCUCCACCGCAAGACCGGGGAUUUGUUUGUGAAGGAGAAACUGGAUCGGGAGUCACUUUGUGGCAAAGCUGACCCGUGCGUUCUGCACUUUGAAAUAGUGCUGGUGGAGCCUCUGCAGUCCUUCCGUGCUGAGGUCAGGGUAUUUGAUAUCAAUGACAAUGCCCCAGUUUUCCUAAACAAGGAGCCGCUUUUAAAGAUUCCGGAGAGCACCCCGCUGGGUUCGCGGUUUCCUCUGCAGAGCGCCCAGGAUCUGGACGUGGGUCUCAAUGGGCUCCAGAACUACACGCUGAGCGCCAACGCGUAUUUCCACCUGCACACUCGCUUCCGCAGCCACGGGCCCAAAUAUGCCGAGCUGGUGCUGGAUAAACCCCUGGACAGAGAGGAGCAGCCUGAAGUCAACUUGACAGUCACCGCGGUGGACGGCGGGUCCCCGCCCAAGUCUGGCACCGCCCACAUCCGCGUGCUGGUUCUGGACGUCAACGACCACGUGCCACAGUUCUCCAGGUUGGUGUACCGAGCUCAGGUACCGGAGGACAGCGCCAGGGGCUCUUUGGUGGCCGCUGUGACUGCCACGGACCUAGACGAGGGCACCAACAAGGAGAUAACUUACUCCUUAGCCCAAAACCCAGAAGCGAUUCUGCAGACGUUUGAGAUUGACUCGCAAAGUGGGGAGGUUCGGCUUCGAGGGCCUCUGGAUUUCGAAAUGAUUGAAACCUAUGACAUCGACGUUCAGGCCACCGACGGGGGAGGCCUCUCUGCCCACAGCAAAGUGCUGGUGGAAGUGGUGGACGUGAACGACAACCCUCCUGAAGUGAUGAUCGCCUCUGUGUCCAGCCCUCUCCCUGAGGACUCGCCACUGCAGACUGUGGUGGCCCUUUUCACUGUCCGAGACCGGGAUGUUCGAGUGGGAGGAAAAAUCACCUGCUUCCUCAGAGAAGACCUUCCCUUUGCAGUCCGACCUACAUUCCGCAAUUCCUACUCGCUGGUCACCGCCAGAGGCUUGGAUCGGGAGGAGGUCCCCAGCUAUAAUAUCACCCUUGUCGCCGUGGACACUGGGCCACCCAGCCUCUCCACGGAGACUGUGAUAGAGGUGCUAAUAGCAGACAUCAAUGACAAUCCCCCAGUGUUUCAGGAGGAUUCCUAUAUCUUGACUGUUCGAGAAAACAACAGCCCUGCGAUUUUCAUUGGCAAAGUCCAUGCUGAGGACCUGGAUGUGGGUGAAAAUGCCCAAGUUACAUAUUCUCUGCUGCCUCCAAAAAGUGGAGAUCUAUCCGUCUUUGCCUACAUCUCUAUAAACUCAGACAAUGGGAAGCUCUAUGCACUUAGAACCAUGGAUUAUGAGGCUAUUCAAGAUUUUCAGUUUGUAGUAAAGGCAACUGAUGGGGGCUUCCUGUCACUGAGUAGCCAAGUGACUGUCAGAGUGGUUGUCCAGGAUGACAACGACAAUCGCCCGAUGAUCUUGUACCCACUACAGAAUGGCACCUUUCCCUGCAAUGACCUGGUGCCCAGGUCUGCAGAGGCCGGCUACUUGGUAACCAAAGUGGUGGCUGUGGAUGGUGACUCAGGUCAAAAUUCUUGGCUUUCAUAUCAUCUACUUAAAGCCACUGAUCUUGGGUUAUUCUCUGUUCAACGACAAAAUGGGGAAAUCCGUACACUGAGGCAGAUAGCUGAGAGAGACCCCAUGAUGCAGAAACUGACCAUUCUCGUUCAGGAUCAUGGCCAACCAGCUCUCUCCACUACUGCCUCACUCAACAUCCUGCUGGUAGAUGGCUUUUCAGAGCCCUACCUGCAGUUCCAGGAUCCAUCAAAACAUUCCAGAAAGGUAAAUCCAUCCACUAAAUAUUUGGUUAUUUCUCUGGCUGCACUUUGCUUUCUCUUUCUCCUCUCUGUCACAGUGAUCUUCAUUGUACACAUCUGUGAGAAGAUUAAACACAGAGAAAAGUUUACAAUUCAAGAACAUUUUUAUGAUGAUUGUAAUUUCCCUAACAACCUAGUACAAGGAGGUGGCAAUGGAUCCUUAUCCCAACCUUGUCCAUAUGACAUGUGCUCAGCCACUGGCACUGGCAACAGUGAAUUCAGGUUUCUUAAGCGCUUUAUGCCCAACUUCCCUUUCCCCCAUGCUGCUGGAGAGGUAAAAACAGGGACGGGCUCCACUUCACCUCCAGAUUCUAGUAGAAACAGAUCCCAGGGGUCAGAAAGCCAUGCCCAGGUACCUGAUGACUAUAUGUAGCUCACUUCAACAGACCUUCAGGGAAAGAAGAGAAAUACAGUUUUAUACCUGGUGUGCAAAGAUCUCCCAUCCUCAUUAAAAUCAAAAUUAUAGUAGAUGGCAACGUUAGUCAAAGAGUGGCUUGGUGAAAAUGGGAAAUCAAGAUUGAAGCUUGGCGUACUUAGUACAAAACAGUGGCCCUGCUCCCCAGAUCAUAUAUCUGUAACCCCUUCUGCAUUUGGAAUUCUGAUUAAAGAAAUGUUGCCAUCUUCAAGGGGUCUUCAAAAUAUUCAUGGAAAAUGUGCAAUCUCUUUUAAUUCUAUUUUCUUGAACAUUUUGAAGUCCAUCUAUUUAAUGCAUAUGGAACUUCUGCUUUUCCAUCUCAUCUGUGAUAGGUAAUGAAUGAAUGAGUCAUUCUCAUUUCUUCUGCAUGUCAUUGGUCCUAGAACAGGAAAUGUUUGGUUUUGUAGAGAUAUGCUGUAACUUUUUACCUUUAAGUCAUUUCCCAGUAGAAAUUGUACAUGCUCACGCUGGCACCGCGGCUCACUAGGCUAAUCCUCCGCCUUGCGGCGCCGGCACACCAGGUUCUAGUCCCGGUCGGGGCGCCGGAUUCUGUCCCGGUUGCCCCUCUUCCAGGCCAGCUCUCUGCAGUGGCCAGGGAGUGCAGCGGAGGAUGGCCCAAGUACUUGGGCCCUGCACCCCAUGGGAGACUGUGAGGAAGCACCUGGCUCCUGGCUCCUGCCAUCGGAUCAGCGCGGUGCGCCGGCCGCAGCGCGCCAGCCGCGGUGGCCAUUGGAGGGUGAACCAACGGCAAAAAGGAAGACCUUUCUCUCUGUCUCUCUCUCUCUCACUGUCCACUCUGCCUGUCAAAAAAAAAAAAAAAUUGUACAUGCUCAGAGAAGAGAACUAGCUUUCAGCUCUGAUAUAUCAGAAAGCUAUUAGGUUUGACAAGCAAAGACAUAAUUUAAUAUUCUGAAAUUUCUAGAUUUUUGUCCCUGAUGAGUAGAGGUUAUCUUUGAGUCAGCACCUUGCAUACAAUCAUGUAUAAUCAUAGAAAUACCUAAUGAAUGUUGAUGCUCACAGGUAAAUAUGGAGUGAGGAAUGAUAAAGAAAAACUCAAUUUUACUUAUUUGCAAAUGUAAGGGGAUAUGAAGCUCAGGAGAUAAAAUUCAGGAAUAUUCUCCAGAAUUAAAUUGGAUGUAGACUUAUUAAUGUCAUUUGAUGCUUUAGGCCAGUCUUACUGCAGCCGGCGCAUUGCGCUGAUCCAAAGCCAGGAGCCAGGUGCUUCUCCCGGUCUCCCAUGCGGGUGCAGGGCCCAAGCACUUGGACCAUCCUCCACUGCAGAGGGCCACAGCAGAGAGCUGGCUUGGAAGAGGGGCAACCGGGACAGAAUCCAGCGCUCCAACCGGGACUAGAACCCGGUGUGCCAGCGCCGCAAGGCAGAGGAUUAGCCUAUUGAGCCGUUGCGCCGGCCAGGCCAGUCUCAAAUUUCUCUUUCAUAUCUAGAUGAUUGCCUUACCAAUUAUUUGAAAAUCAAAAAUGAAGGGUAGAUGAGAAUAAACAUAAUUUAGGCCUGCUAUAGCAAUAUGUGCUACAGAACACUUAUUCUGUUUUGUAAUUUGUAGCACAACUACCAAAAAACCAUUAAAGGAAAAAAAAUUAACUGAUACCAAUUACAUGGACUUAAAUUAUACUUUCAGGGAGUUCCAUAUUUGAUGGUAAACCAUUUUCCUCUCUGGGCAUACUAAAGUAAUGAGAAAAAAACUGAUAAAAAAGAAAUAUUUCUAAUAAGUCAUAAGACAAAGUAGAGUAGGAAAUCAAUUAGGUAUUUUGAAAAGCUUUAUUAUUUAGUUAGUUUUAAAAGUAGAAAGAGAGACAGAGAUCUCCCAUCCAUUGGUUCACUCCCCAAUUCCCUGACUUGACCAGAACCAUGAGGCAAGAGUUCAUUCUCAGUCCCACAGGUAGGUGACAGGGACUUAAUCAAUUGAACCAUCAUCUGCCUCAAGGGUACAUGGUAGUUGGAAGCUGGAACCCAGGCAUGCUGAUAUGGGAUGUGCCCUUCAGCUAGCUUUCCUUAAUGUGAACAUUUGAUACAACCACUGUACAAUUGUCAAAGUUAAGAAAUUAACUUUGGUACAAUUCUAUGAACUAAACUACAGACUUUCAGAUUUCACUAGUUUUUUUCCUAAUGUCUUUUUUUCUAUGUUCAAGGACCCAUUAUAAAAUCCUAAAGUGCAUUUUGUUGUUAUGUCUCUUUAUUCUCUACAACCUGUGGUAGUUCCUUAGCUGUUUCUAGUUUUUCAUGGGCUUGAGACUUUUGAAGAGUACUGGUCAAUUAUAAAAUGUCCUUUAGUAUAGAACUGCUAUUGUUUUAUCACUAUUAGAUUGAGUUUAUGCUUUAUUGGGAAGAAUACCACAGAAAUAUUAUGUCCUUCUUUGUAUAUGAUAUCAGUAGGGAUGUGGUGUCAGUGUGUCCUUACCCUGGUGAUGAUCAUUUUUUUGUUAAAAAAAGCGCAUAGUGUAAAAUUUGCCACAUCAACCAUUUUUAAGUGUGCAUAGUUCAGUACUGUUAGAGUGAUAGUAAUCUUGGUUAAGAGAAUGUCUACCAACUUUCUGCCCAGUAAAGUUAUCAUUUUUCUCUUUGUAAUCAAUAAAUAGCUGGGGGAAGAUACUUAGAAACUAGGCAAACGUCAUGUUUCUUCUUAAACUAAUGUUUGUAUCCAUUGCUGGAUAUCUCCUGUGGCAACUGAUACUAUAGCAUCCUAAUGAUAAUUUUCUGUUUCCCUGAUUCCUUUUUUACAAUUAAUUGGUUAAAGCUCUUUUGUAAGGAAAACUUGCCAUGAUUCCUCCAUGUAUUUAUCUACUUACUUCUUUAUAUGUAGACUCAUGGGUAUUUACUUUAGUAUUUGCAUUAUAACCUAAUGCUAUUAUUAUUUAUUUUGUUAUUCAGCAAACCCUUUUAGCUAAGAUGAAGAGCAGAUUUUAAAGACUUGAAUUAUCAAAAUAUAAUACAUUUUCAUCAAAUUUAGGAUUGCUUUG